AUGAGCUUGUAAAUUACUAUCGGGGAAAGAAAAUUCCGACGAUCCAAACUCAAACAUCCCUGAUGAGUAGUCGUCACUACAGUGACUAUAGUCGUAACUAACGUAAAAUUUGCAUUUGGAUCAUUUUCUUCCUCUUUCGAUCAUACCCGGAACCAAAUGCCAGAGCCAAUGGCCACCGUUGAUCCCAUCCCCCACCUCCCCCUUCCCCUCCUCCCAUCCGAUCCUAUCCCUCCAGCUCCGACCCGCUCCUCUCCACCCGGAUCCACCAUCGAUUUCCUCCCGGACUUCUCCUGCUACUCAUGGAUCGCCUACGCCGCCUCCUCUCUCCUAGUCAUCUCCCACUUCCCCUCCCCUCUCUCUCCCGACGAAGUCCUCAUUGGCCCAAUCUUUCGCCAGGUCUUCGAGCUCUCCUCCGCCGUCACCGCUGUGUCUUGGUCCCCGGUGUCGCCAUCGAUGGGAGAGCUAGCCGCUGCAGUGGAGAACUGUGUCUGCCUCUUCCAGCAUGACUCGGCGAGUUCCGCAGGUUCUUUUUGUUGGAGCCAGAAUGCAGUGCUUGUACAAUGUACAAAGGUGGAGGCAGUCGAAUGGACGGGCUCUGGGGACGGGAUAAUAGCUGGUGGAAUUGAGGUGGUUUUAUGGAGAAACAACAGCAAGUCCUGGGAAAUAGCUUGGAAGCUUAAAGCAGAGUGCCCCCAAACUCUGGUUUCUGCAACGUGGGCACUUGAGGGACCUUUCGCUACGGCAGCUUAUCUUAGUGACCCUCAGAUUGAAGGAUCAAUGGUUGAUGCAUUUAGCAACUGUGUGUUCGUAUGUUGGAGUACUGGAAAAUCUGAUUACACAAAAGCUGAGCUACAUCAUCCUCUAUCUGUGUCAACGAUCCAGUGGAGGCCAUUGACAGGAAGACAAUUGAAUAGAGAUGGAAAACAUUCACGGAGACAACUGCUGCUAACAUGCUGUUUAGAUGGAACAGCAAGGUUAUGGUGUGAGAUGGAUAAUGGAAGGGUCAGAAAAACUGGAAAGGACACCAUCGAUCGCAAAACCACCAGGCGAUCUUUUUGUGUAGUUGCUGUAAUUGAGAUUAACCAGGCCCUGAAUGGAACUCUGGGCAUGGAUGUAUAUGUGUUGUGGACCACAGAAAUUUGGGGCCUUUCAAAAACUGGUGAUGGAGUGGACCAAAUAUUGUCCGCUGAGGGAUUGGAGCAUGACAAGGCAGGCAGGUGUGAGUGGUUAGUUGGGUUUGGUCCAGAAAAGCUGGUUUAUUUUUGGGCUAUCCACUGCCUUGAUGACAUCUCCCCAAUGCGGUUUCCCCGAUUUACAUUAUGGAGGAGACAAGAAUUGCAGGGCCUUGAAGAGGGAGAAUGUCGUGGGACCAGUUUUUCAAAUUCUAAAAACAGACUACUUCUUAAUAAAUUUGUUAUGUUGAGGAACCGCUUGUCCGGUCCACCAAUUAUGUGUUCUUUGAUUCAUUUAUUACCUAGUGAUUCUUUAGUUUGGUCACUGUUACAUACCGAGGCAUCUAAUAAUAUAGAGGAUACUUCUCCUAGUAAAUCCAGGACGGAUAGCUAUUUAUCAUGUUCUGCCAGUGGAAUUCUGAACUUAGGUGGUCAUGCCGGAAAGAUCUUACAAGUUGCAGCACAUCCUGAUAGCUGUGAAGUUGAACUGGCUGCUUCUCUAGAUUCUAACGGAUUGCUUCUUUUUUGGUCACUUACCACCAUUUCCAACAGCAUUCUGGGUUGUCCGUCAUUGCUUCCAACAUGGAAGCUCUAUGGAAAACUUGUGACUCAAGAUUCAUGUCCCAAAUAUACAUGCUUGAGGUGGGCACCUUCAGUAUUGAAUGACGACCUGUUUCUUCUUAUGGGACACAUUGGAGGAAUUGAUUGCUUUAUAGUUACAAUCCACCACAACAAAGAAGAACAUAUAGAAUGUCACUACUUAUUCACUAUACCUUUCACUGGCCAUGGUCCAUAUGAGGAUGGUCCCACAAAUAUCUUUUCAAUUCCAUUGUCCUCUACUUGUGAUAAGACCUUCAAGUACAAUAAAUUUAUGCUUUUGGGGAUAUGGAUGAAAGGGUUUCGGGCUCUAUCAUGGGAAAUGACCUUUCAUUGUUCUGAUCUAUCCGCAAGCUACUGUGAAUCUAAUUUUGACACUAAAGAUGGCACAGGAGGCAGCAUGUGGAUGUUUGAAGGUGCUUUUUCUGGUAAAAGAUACCAUCUUGGCGUAAAUCCUUGCUCAUCGCAUUUACCAGAUCCUCACUACCACGAUCAGGUUACAAGUUUUGCUGUGGUCUGUCCAGGUAGUCUGACUUAUAAACAACAAAAGCUGGAUUCAACCAAUGAUAUGUAUGGCAGUUAUCCUGCAUAUAUCAUGGCCACUGGCUGCUCUGAUGGAAGUUUGAAACUGUGGAGAAGUAACACUGGUAAGCCCUCAUCCCCUCACGUGCCAUGGGAGCUUGUUGGUAUGUUUGUUGCACAUCAAGGGCCCAUUAGUUCCAUAUGCUUGACUGAUUGUGGUCAGAAGAUUGCAACCGUCUGUGUGGAAUAUCAUCUGAAUACUGUCAGCACCCUUCAUAUAUGGCACUCUGUACACCUUACAUGUGCAGGGACUUUUAUGUUAGAAGAUACAUUAUUCCUUGACAAAGGCACCAUUGCUUUAAAUUGGUUAGCUUUAGGAAAUGGUCAGUUAUUACUUGGAGUAUGCAUGCAGAAUGAGUUGCGAGUAUAUGCAACAAGGCGGUGUGGAAGUCACAAUUUGUUGAGCUCUGAAAAAUCUUCGAAAAUGGACAUUUGGGUUUGCAUUGCAUUCACUCACACUCUUCCUCCCAUUCAUGACUUUCACUGGGGACCCAAAGCGGCACCUGUGGUUAUUCAUGAUAAUUACUUCCGUGUAUCUUGUCAAUGGCUGUUCCAUGUUCCUAAAGAACAUAAGGCCAAGUGCCAUCUGAAUUAUAUUGUGGAAAGUUUCCCUCAUUGUGAUGGUCAAGCAAAUGAGGACAUUCUUUCUGCAGUUUUCACUGAUUGUGACAUUGGUAAUUUCAAACAAUCAUGUGAGUCUCGGUCAUCUGUAGAGAUGCAUAAGAAUGAUUUCCCUGCCAGCAGUUUGUUCAUAGCAAGGGAUCGAUUGAAACGUGAUUCAGGUUCAAAGAUUGGUUUAUGGAGCCUGCCAGAAGUAGUGGAGAGGUUUAGCGGAUCCUUACCUAGUUAUCACCCUGAAACUCUACUUAUGAAUAUAUUUUCAGGGAAUUGGAAACGUGCAUAUAUGGCUGUGAGGCAUCUUGUUGAAUGUCUUACUUCUUAUUAUGCUACUAAGAUGAAAAAUACCUCCACAAAGACCUGCUGCAUAAUCCCAGAGAUCCUUUUGUCUGAUUAUUUUGAAGGAAGUCUUUUCAGAAAUUCGACUGAUAAAGGAUUUCAAUGGGGUGGAGAUUUGACCACAACAUCAUCUCAGUUUCAGAGCAGCAUGUUCCAAUUUGCUUCUGAUUCUGAAUCUUUUGCUUCCAAUAAUAUCUCCCCUUCCUCUUCCAAAAAAUCUGAACUUAGUGGUUUUGUUGAGACUCUUGAGAACUUGCAUCAGCUAGCAGCUAUACCUGACACAGAGAAGACUCAAAUUGUUGCAAUUACUGAUCUUCUCGGUGAACUUAGUACUGCACAGACUUCUGCCUAUGAAAGUCUUGAUGAACCUGGGCGAAGGUUUUGGGUGGCGUUGAGGUUUCAGCAAUUACUUUUUUUCCGGAUGAUUGGUAGAUCGGCAUCUAUGAAAGAGUUGAUUGUUGACUCUAGGUUGAUUGUAUGGGCAUACCACUCUGAUUCCCAAGAAAUUUUAUUUGGUUCUUUUCUACCUAAUGGACCAACUUGGCAAGAAAUGCGGGCUAUUGGAGUUGGAUAUUGGUUUACUAAUACAACACAAUUGCGUGCACGGAUGGAGAAACUGGCAAGAUCACAAUAUCUUAAAAACAAAGAUCCCAAGGAUUGUGCUCUGUUAUAUAUAGCAUUGAAUAGACUUAAAGUGUUGGCUGGUCUUUUUAAAAUCAGCAAGGACGAAAAGGACAAGCCUUUGGUGGCUUUUCUUGCACGGAAUUUUCAGGAGGAAAAAAACAAGGCAGCUGCUUUGAAGAAUGCUUAUGUUUUAAUGGGGAGACAUCAGCUAGAGCUGGCCAUUGCUUUCUUUCUGCUUGGGGGUGAUACUUAUUCAGCUCUCAAUGUUUGUUCAAAGAACCUUGGGGAUGAACAGCUUGCAAUAGUAAUUUCUCAGCUUGUUGAGGAGCGUGGUGGACCAUUACAGCAUCAUCUAAUAACAAAGUUUUUGCUUCCAUCAACCAUUGAGAAAGGCGACUACUGGCUAGCAAGCCAUCUGGAGUGGGAAAUGGGGAAUUACUUGCAAUCAUUUUUUCACAUGCUUGGUUUCCAGAUCAAUACCAUAGCUGAAAAGUCUGCGUUUUCGUCCAAGCAUGUUGCUUUCUUGGAACCAAAUAUUGGUCUUUAUUGCCAAAUGCUAGCCUCCAAAAAUAGCUUGAGGAAUGCAGUGGGGGAGCAAAAUACUGCAGUUCUUAGUAGGUGGUCAACUUUGAUGACAGCUACUGCCUUAAAAAGAUGUGGGCUUCCUCUUGAGGCUUUGGAGUGUCUUUCAUCUUCCAUGAGUGUCAUUGGGAGUAGAGAUGAUGGGAGGUGGUCAGAUGAUGUCAGAAGUUUUGAAAUUCUAAACGGGAUUCUAAAGCCUUCUCCACAAGAUUCCUCUAACUGGCUUUCAGGUGAUGCAGCUUUUCAACUGGAGUCCCAUGAUAAAUUAGAUUUGGCACUUCCAUACUUCUCAAAAUUGCUGAUAGAGCAUCCAAGUUGGCCAGGCAACAUUGUAGAAUCUGUUGGAGCUAGUGCAUGCUCAAAGGAGUAUGAGAUUCAUGAAUAUGAGGAAUUACUUGAAAACUUCCGACAUAAGUUCUAUAAAGGGCUCUCACAGUUUGACCAGAGGUUUUCCUUGGCUCCUGCCCAUGUAGUCAGCAUGAUGUUAUUCUCACUAUGUAAUCAUGGGCUCUUAUUUAUGGGAUACGAUAUAUUGGAUGGUUCUGCUUCUCAAGAUCAGUCACAAGAUAAGCGCUAUAAUGUUGACAGUUUCAUACUAUAUCCUCUUCUGCGUAUGCCACUGUUGAAGGCUACUAAUGAAAUUUCCCUUUUAUUUUCACGGUUUAUUACUGCCUGCAGUAUAACCUGCCCUCAAACCAAGUUGCGUAAUAUUGACAAUGACAUGUCUGCUAACAAUAAAUCCAAGUGGUUAGAUACAUGGGGGUACUUCUUUCAAGGCCUUAUGCCAUCAUUGUGGAGUUUAAGAGCUGCUUUGCGAUUUAUUUCCAGCCCCAUCACUAAAGAUCUCAUGAUGGAACCCCUUAUCAUUCUUGAUUUAUUUGAAUUUUAUGUACAUUUUGCAUCUGCUUGGCUUCAAAAAAACUCAAAAGUUCUCCUUCUGAUGGUGCAACCUCUCUUGAUCACGUUAACCAACGGGCAUGCUCCAUAUGAAGUUGAUGUUAAAAAUAUGAAGAAACUCCUUCCCCAGAUUGAAGAGUUAGUAGCUCAUAAUCUAUCAAUGGAUGACCGAGGAGAAGGCUUUCAAGCUUCAAAUUGUGUGCAAAAUAAACUUGCUAGGGAUAUGAUGCAUUCAAUGCCAGAAGAAGAAAGAUGGCAAAUUAUCGGCACUUGUUUGUGGCAACACAUGUUCAGCUUCGUGAAACAGAAAUUCGAGAAACUUGACGAUAAAUGUUUGCCUGGUGUUUCCAUCAGAAAACUUUCUUCCCGUGCAUCUUAUUACACAAAUUUGGAAUAUGAUGGCAACAGUAUAACAGAAGAGAUCAGGUUGGUCUCGUUGAGCUUGGCAGAGUUAUUGAAGACCACACUUACACAUCUUUCUUCUUAUCAUGUUAAACAACUUGCAUCAUUUAUACAACAGAAAGUAAAGAAUGGACUGCAGGUAAUGACUCUUCUAUGGUUAAAAGAAUCUAGUCAACUUCAACCCAGAGACCUCUGUGAGGGUACUGUAAGUAUUGAGAUCAUGAAAAGCAAAGAUGAAUCAUCAAUUUCUGAACUACUAUGGGAUAUCUGUGCCGAUUCUAAAAUAAUAUAUCAAGGCUUUGAACAUGGAAAAGUAAAUUUGCCACAUAGUUUUGAUCAGAAACUCUCUAAAGCAUGGAGUGAUAAAUAUAUUGGUCUGGAAGUACAUGAAAGAGAGGGAUCUAAUACAUAUGAUGGCAUGCUUCGGAAUAGUUCUGCCAGUAAUGAAUCGGAAUCACCUGCUGGGGGUCUGAUUCAUGGUGGCCCUGCUUUUCCAAGUUCCUGGCAAAAAGAUGCAACUCUUACAAAGGAGGUUAUAAGUUUCAAAAACCCUAAAGAAGUGUAUAAGAGAAGUGGGGAGCUUUUGGAGGCAUUGUGUGUCAACUCUAUUGAUCAAAGGCAAGCUGCGCUUGCAAGCAAUCGGAAGGGCAUACUGUUCUUUAAUUGGGAAGAUAGUUCGACUUUCAGUGAUCAGUCAGACUAUAUCUGGUCAAUCGCUGAUUGGCCACAGAAUGGGUGGGCUGGUUCUGAAUCGACCCCAGUUCCGACACGUGUCUCUCCUGGUGUUGGUCUGGGGAGCAAAAGAGGUGCACACCUUGGGUUGGGUGGAGCAACUGUUGGUGUGGGCUCUCUGGUUAGGCCCGGCAGGGACUUGACUGGUGGUGGAGCAUUUGGGAUACCGGGUUAUGCCGGUAUGGGAGCCUCUGGCUUAGGUUGGGAGAUUCAACAAGACUUUGAGGAGUUUGUUGAUGCACCGCCUACUGUUGAAAAUAUAAGCACAAGGGCUUUCUCAGGUCACCCCUCUAGGCCAUUCUUCUUGGUGGGUUCUAGCAAUACACACAUUUACUUGUGGGAGUUUGGUAAAGACAAAGCUACCGCAACUUAUGGAGUGCUGCCUGCUGCAAAUGUCCCUCCGCCUUAUGCUCUUGCAUCAAUAUCAGCUUUGCAGUUUGACUACUUUGGACACAGAUUUGCUACUGCAGCCUUGGAUGGAACUGUAUGCACAUGGCAGCUGGAGGUUGGAGGAAGGAGUAACAUUUGUCCAACAGAAUCAUCUCUCUGCUUCAAUAAACAUGCAUCGGAUGUUACUUAUGUUUCUGGCGGAUCAGUCAUUGCUGCAGCUGGAAAUAGCUCCAAUGGUGUUAAUGUGGUUAUAUGGGAUACAUUGGCUCCACCUUCAACCUCUCGAGCUUCCAUUAUAUGUCAUGAAGGUGGAGCCCGCUCUCUUGCUGUGUUUGAUAAUGAUAUAGGAAGUGGUUCCAUUUCUCCUCUUAUUGUGACUGGCGGCAAAGGUGGGGAUGUUGGACUCCAUGACUUCCGGUACAUUGCUACUGGUAAGAGUAAGCGGAACAGGCAGGCUGAUAAUGGUGAAAGCAUCAGCUCAUCUUCAAGUUCUGAGAUGCAGAGAGGGAUUACUAAAAAUGUUGGGGACCAGAAUCGAAAUGGGAUGCUUUGGUAUAUACCAAAGGCUCACUCAGGGAGUAUCACCAAAAUAUGUACCAUCCCAAAUACUAGUUUGUUCUUGACGGGAAGCAAAGAUGGAGAUGUUAAACUUUGGGAUGCCAAAAGGGCGAAUUUAGUUUAUCACUGGUCAAAAUUGCAUGAAAGACAUACCUUUCUGCAACCAAGCUCUCGAGGCUUUGGUGGCAUUGUUCGGGCUGCUGUAACAGACAUACAAGUUUUUUCACAUGGUUUUCUUACAUGCGGUGGAGAUGGCAUUGUAAAGCUGGUAGAGCUCAAACAGUAGCAACAUGGGACCUGGUGAGUUUUAAGCGACAGAUACACCUGUGCUCAUGGAACCGUCGUUGCGGAAUGAAAUCGAUAAGUUUUGAAUUCCACCGCAAUGGCGAGCCAGGGAAGGUUGGCAUGACAUUCCAUGUUGCUCAAUCUGGUUGCCUAUUGUCAACAUAUCUUUACAUGGUCAGCAAUGAAUUUUUUGCAUUGCUAAAAGCAAGAAAUGAAGUCACUGUAGCAGUUGUUGUAAAUUACGCAAAAAAGACAAAGCUAAAGGAUUGUAAUAUUGAAUUGACUGUGAUGAAAAAAGAUAACCUAUCAGGUUUCCUUGCUGGAAUCAGGGCUUUUGUGGAGUAUUUUCUGCAUGUCAUUGCUCUUCAUGUUCUGUCACCAAGCUAAGCAGCAACAUCGGGAGUUCCCAAAUUUUGUAUCUAUUUUCCUUCUACGUGGUUAUUGCGUGCAUAUGUGUGAAGAAACAUAACAAAAUUACCUCCUCUGCUGUUCAAAUCUA